GAUAUUCGUUGUCUGUUGGUCUUGUUGUUCACCUUUUAAUUGACAUUUUUGCAAUUUUAUUAUUAAAAAGAAACCAAAAACAACAUCAAUUCUCAUAAUACGUAAACUUUGGUAAUUGUGUUGAAAGAGUACAUAACUUUAAAUUUAUUAAAAAACAUGGUUCAUGUUUCCAAGGGAACAUUAAUUACAUGGUGAGUAUGAUAAUAUGUAGAACAAUAUAAUAAUAUUUUAAUUAUUCUAUUCUAUAUAAUCCAAGUCUUCUGGUAUCUCAAACUGUUUGUUGAUGAUGCUGUCUUCAAUGAAAAACUUAUUCUUGCACCAUGAUUUCACUGAAAAUAUAUUUUCUGUCCAACGAUUUCCAGCGUCUUUUGCCAUCUGAAAAAUAAUAUUUGUUUAAUACAAAAUAUGUACAUCUUUGUUCCAAUAUAUUUUUGCAGUAUUUUUUUAGGUUUAUUUUAUGCAAUUUUUUCAUAUUAUAUUGUUAGUUUAAAUAGCAUUGUCAAUGUUUCAUUUUUUUUUUUUUUUCGAUUUUCCUAUUUCCUUCUGAGACUAAUUUUUAUCUCUGAAAAUCUGCCUCUUAGGGUUAAAAAAAAAAUAUUGAAAAAUAAUCCAUAUAUUUUCUAUGCUCUUACUUAUCUUAUCAAUGUUCUUCAGUUAAAAUAAAUAUUUUAACUUUCUUCACAAAUAUAAGUAAUUUUAACACUUAUUCAUUUAUCUACCCAAAAGGCAUGUUAAAGAAGGUUAAAGAAUUGUAAUAUUGAAAUUCUGACUGUUAAUUGUUUUAUUUGGACACUAUACCAAUAGAAAACCACUAGCAUUUUUCAAUAUAUAUAGGUUUAGUUUUGACCCCAAAAGCCAAACAGCAUCUAUGAAUAAUACAAUUUGUCCAAGUAUUUGAAUGUGCACCUCUAAAGCCGCAAUAUCUUAACAGAACAUGAGAAAAUCUCAAUUCAAUCUCGGGUCAUUAGUCUAAAGAAGCCCAUGGAAAAUAUAUGCAUUUGGCAUUUUCAAUAUUUUGACUUUUUUUCUACUACCAGACUUUAACCUUUAGUUACAUACCUUUAUACUAUUUUUCAUUUGUUCAUAUUCUACGGGAUUAGAAUCCUUAUGUUUUCUUAAUUCAUUAUCUAAUAAUAACUUUUCUUUUUCGAGAACCUCAAGUUUAUCCAACAGGGCUUGUUUUUCAUGUUUAUUGGAAUUUUCUAGUUUUUCUCUUUUGAUAACUUCCAUAUUUUUGUCAAGCUUUUUUUGAUACUCGUCCAACUUAGAUCUUGCAUUAUCUAAUUGAUUUUUCUUAGCGAUUUUUGUUUUGCUGUAAAUUUUAAAUCAAUAUUAAAUAUAUUUUAUGUACUAAAAUAGUAUGAUUAUUUAUCAAUUACCUUGGAAAUGACCAAAAAUAUACUGAUGUUCCUAUUUUAUCAGUGUCCACUAAUCCAUCAUCAACCAAAUUUUGGAUGACAUCUUUUACUGAUUGUACUAUAAUUUGUUUUUCUUUGGGUGCAAUUUUUUCUAAUUCCUAGACAGUCAAUCCAUUUUUUACAAUAUUUUGUAAUCAAUAUUUAUAUAAAUAAUACAAAUCAUAAAAAUAAAAAUGUCUAGUUGCAGUAUUUGAUAUUAAUAAAAACAUUGUUUAAGUAAUCAGUUCCUGAAAAUAUAAAUAAAUUAUUGUUAAAUUUACUUUGAGCUGGAAAAAAUCUUUCUUCUCGUGAAACAAAUCCAGCAUUCUAAUACGCUUUUCCUCUGCGCUUACUUGUUUUCUUUUAGACAUUUUCUUUGAUGAAUUCUAGAAUAACAAUAUUAAUAAUAACAAUUGUUAUCAAUGAAACUAUAAUUUAAUUUUUUUUUUUUUUUUUAAAGUGAUCAGUCAAUGAAACAGUUUUUGUUGCAAUUAGAUCAAACCAACGCUCUUGGAAAAAAAUUUAUACUUCAAGAACUGGAUGAAGAACAUUUGUUUGUAUCAUCAGAUGUAUUGGAAACAUUAGAAGAUCGUGUCGAUGAACUGAUGGACCAACUCACUUUCACUCAAAACUAAAACAUCUUAAUUUUAAUUUUUUUUUUUUAUAAUAAUUAAAAAUGAGUUCCAAAACAGGAAUGAGUAGGGAAUCGGGAAGGUUAAAAAAUGCAGAUAAGAAAAAGGUGCUUGAUACAGCAACUAGAAAUCGUAGAGCACGACGAGCUCUAGAGAGUUUAGAAAUGGACAACUAUCAACAAGAUCCACAUGCUGAUAUUGUUCUGAAUAAAAAAGCUCCAAAAUUUUUAGACACUAUCGAGUCUAAAGGAAGUAGGCGUAAAAAGGAGAAGAGUGCUGAAUAUUACAAACAAAAGUAAUACAAACAUUGUAUAUAAUAUAAUAAAUAUUUAUUCCUUGUUUUAAUUGCAAUAUAUUUUACAACAGAUUUCGUCGGACUUUUGAACAGUUAAUUGAAGCUGAUCAAUUUAACAAUCGAGAUCAGCCAAACUAUAUUACAAUAGAAGCACCUUCAUCUAAUUUACCACGUCGUAUAUUUUGUGCCGUCUGUGGAUUUCAAAGUUCAUACACUUGUACAACGUGUGGUGCACGGUAUUGUUGUAUAUCAUGUUUAGGUAUACAUCAGGCAACACGCUGUCUUAAAUGGGCUUCGUAAAAUAUUGAGUUUUGUAAAUAGUGAUUUAAUCAACAUCCUGGUUUUUUUUAUCUAUAUAUAUUUGCAUACAAAUAUGCAUAUACUGUUCAGUAAUAUUUACACAAAAUGUAUCUGUAUAUUUUAUAAGUGUUUAAAGUAUAAUAAUAAAAAGAAAUUGUAUGUACUAAACAAUA